AUGUCUGAUUUUGCUGAAGCUAUUAGAAUUGCAAGACAAUAUGUUACAACUAUAUGCCUUAAUAUUUCACUUAAGAAUGAAGCUCCAUUUAUUAUAGAUUAUAAAAAGAAAGAAAAAGGCAAAGCAUUUGAUCUUUACCCAUUCUUUUCUACACUAAAAAAGAGUGCUGAAACACCUGGAUCAAAUUAUUUACUUCAGGAUUAUGACGAGUUGGAAGAGAAAAGGUUACGACCAGCAGAACAUCUGCUUAUGCUAGAUGCAGUGUCUAAUCUAACGUUGAAAAUCGAAGAAAAUAACAAGAAUCUCAUUGAAACAAUGAAUAAAAAUACCAUAUUACAUAUAGAAGCAAUAAAAGGUAUAAGAAAAUCAGGAGAAUCCAAGGAAAGUUCUGAUAGUAAUAUUAUUG